CUGUUGUGAACACUGGUGCCAGUAUGAACCUGCAGACUCCAGUCCAGGCUGUGUAUCGGGGAGACUCAGUGACUCUGGUCUGUUCUGGUCCUGCUCAGAGACAGUUACUCUUUUUCAAAAAUGGAUCACCUGUUCAACAUCAGCCUCAGCACAAAUCUACAACAACAGUCCAACUGAAGAUCACAGUGUCAGAAUCAGACGAGGGUCAGUACUCCUGUGGGAUCAAUGAGGAAGUACAGUCACACCCCUGGAGACUCACAGUAACACAAACACAACGCACUGUCACUGUGAGACCAUGGCCCUCAGUUAUUCCAGUAGGGGGCAGUGUGACUCUGAGCUGUGACAUAGAGGGGUUUACAGGGGGAUACAGAUGGUUCAGACGUAGUUAUUCUCAAACUGACACAUUACCUGAGACCUCACAGAGAGUCAGUGUCUCCAGAGGAGGAGAGUACAGCUGCAGAGGACAGGACCAGUUCAUCCUCACACCUCAAAGUCCUGCAGUCACUGUCAGACAAACUGUUCCCAAACGAGUGUCUCUGACUCCAAACUGGUCUAAGUUAUUUGUGGGAGAGAGUCUGAGUCUGAUCUGUGAGGUGGAGGGAGCAGACACAGAGUGGACCUAUCACUGGAGCAGGAACAGACUGAACCUACCUCCAACAACCAGAGAAUACAGAGUGUCCAGAGUGACUGAGUCUGACACAGGAGCCUACAGCUGCAGAGCCCAGAGAGGCCCACACCUCACCACUGUGUGGAGCAGCACCACCACUGUCACUGUACUCAACAAACCUCAGGUCACAGUGAGUGGAGCCUCAGAGGUGCCAACAGGGGGCAGUGUGGAGCUGCUCUGCUCUGUCUCUCCACCUUCCUCUGGGUGGAAAUAUGACUGGAGCAGAAAUGAGCAGCUCUUUAAACAGUCUUCAUCUGAGGCACAGGUCUCAGUGUCAGAGGGAGGGGAGUACCAGUGCAGAGCCAGCAGAGGGCGCCCUCCCUACUUCACUGAGCACAGCCUGAAGUUCAGACUCAGAGCCACUGUCCCCAGCCCCUCUGUCUCUGUGGACCCCCCCUGGUCUCAGCUGUUCUCUGGAGAGCAGCUCUCUCUCACCUGUAACGCUCACGGAGCAGACGCUGAGUGGACGUUUGAAUGGAGGAGAUCUGGACAGAGCCUGAAGCACAAACAAAGAGAAAUGACCAUAAGAGCAGCAGUGAAGGACAGAGGGCCCUACAGCUGCAGAGGAGUCCUGCCACACACAGUCACUGAGUGGAGCCGCCCCCUCACACUAAAUGUGUCUGACAGAGCCCCCCGUCCUGUCCUGUCAGCGUCUGUGUCCUGGCUCAGUCCUGGGGCCUCUGUCUCUCUGAGCUGUGCUGUGACAGCGCCCUCUGCAGGAUGGAGCUUUCACUGGUACAGGGCUGUUCCUCAGUCAGAGUCUUACACAUAUGAGCGGCUCCCGGGGGCCAGUGCCGGCUCUAAACAGGACUCCUUCAUCCUCCAGGGCCUCAACCACUCAGCAGCGUUUGUGUGUCGAACAGAAAGAGGAAGUCCCGCCUUCUCCUCUGAACACAGUGACCCCGCCUUUGUCUGGUCUGGAGAUGCUGAGUCUCCAGUGUCUCUCUCGGUCAGUCCUGACAGAGCACAGCACUUCACUGAUGAUGUCAUCACUCUGAGUUGUGGGUUCAACUCCACUGGAGCAGACAGCACAGUCUGGAGGAGGUUUUCUGAUCACAGAUUAUCACAACAGUGUAAUUGGACUAAAUCUAAAUGUGAGUUUAGUUUACGUGAGGAAACCAGUGCAGUGUUUUGGUGUGAGUCUGGAUCAGGAGAAAUGAGCAAUGCCGUCAACAUCUCAGUCCACAGGGACAUCAUCCUUAUGAGCCCAGUGAGUGCAGUGACUGAGGGACAGUCUGUGUCUCUCAGCUGUAAACUGAACACAGGGACUUUUACUUCAGUUCAAUUUUAUAAAAAUGGAAAAAUGAUUCAAAAUGGGACUGAACCAGAGCUCAACAUCACUGCAGUGUCCAGGUCUGACCAAGGCUUUUAUAAAUGUGAGGGACAACGGAAACUACGGCCAACACCAAAGACUGUCAUAUCUCCAGAGAGUUGGAUGUCGGUUAAAACUGUUCCUGUGUCUAUAAAUGAGACAUUUCCUGUGGUGUGGGUGGUUGGACCUGUGUGUGCAGUGGUUUUACUCAUUCUGCUGCUGCUUCUGUGGCACCACAUAAAAAAUAAAGGCCAAAGCUCGUCCAGUGAGAAUGAAACAGGGGCGGGACAAGACGACCAGCAGCAACUGUACUCAUCUCUUCUCCAUGGCGACGUUUGUGUGUAUGAAACUAUCAAAGACAAAAGAAACAGGGAUGAUGAACAGCUUGGGGACUACAGCAAUUUACCGCUCAGGUCUGUCCAAACGACCUGAGCUGAGAUGAAAGAGUUUUUCUGGACAACAACUAAAACACACAGUAAAAAACUUCAUAUGAUACAAAUGGACCACAGCCUUAAAGCUACACUGUGUAACUUUUCUGGUUGAGUUCUGUCUCUCGCUUGUUUCCGUGGAGAUGUUAUUACUUUGUUUGGAUUGUUCUGAUAUCAAAUGUGUCUAUGUUGGAUUAUUCAGGUCCAUGUUUAUCUACCUUGAAAAAAAGAUUCUUUGUGUCAUUGGGGUCGCCUCUCCACAGAUCUGACCUGUACAUUAUCUUGUUUAAUGCCAUAUUAUGUAACAUUUCAAUCUGCAAGUGUUUUUCAGUGAUGUUUUUCCAGUCUCUGCCUUCACCAGACUGAACGUGACAAAUGUUGAGAUCUUUUAAAAACAUGAUGAUUCAUUUUUGUUUGUUUAGUCAAAGCUCCUUUUGUAAUGGGAUGAUAAACCUGUAUGGACCUAAUGUACAUAUAUUUAUGUUAUGUUGGAUUAUUUUAAGUUCAACAAUUAGUUCAUUUUUGUAAUUAUGUGCAGUUUGACUUUUAUGUAAUUUGGCAGUGGCCUUUUUAAGGUUUGACUGUCGACUUCCCUGUUUUCUUUCAGUUCAUCGUUAUCUCUUUGUAA